CCGUCGCGCUGUUGCUGUUGGCUGUGGUCUUGUACACAGGGGCAGCGGUUGUCCCGCGCCCUCCCACGGUUCAAGAGGGGGAUGACGUAUUCGUGACUGUGGAGAACGGAGUUCUGAGGGGCGUGGUGGCCACAUCACUGAACGGCGCUCUCUACAACCAAUUCCUGGGCGUACCAUACGCCACACCGCCGCUGGGAGAUCUGCGAUUCCGUGCCCCGCAGCCGGCGACCUCGUGGUCCGGUAUUCGAGACGCUCUGUCCUUUGCCGACAUGUGCACUCAGCCCGGCCUUAUGGGCUUGUUGCCCAAUGCUACCGGCUCCGAAGACUGCCUCUACCUGAACGUCUACGUACCGGCUGCGGCGAGUGGUCCUCUGCCCGUCAUGUUUUACAUCCACGGCGGCGCCUUCAAGUUUGGAUAUCCCUUCUUCAGCAAUCCGGACUACUUAGUGGAGAAGGGUGUCGUGUUGGUCACAAUCUCUUAUCGCCUCGGCGCCCUUGGCUUCCUGAGCCUGAUGAACGACGACAUCCCGGGCAAUGCGGGGCUCAAAGACCAGGUGCUGGCGCUGCAGUGGGUGCAGAGAAACAUCGCGGCCUUCGGUGGAGAUCCCAGCAAGGUCGCCAUCUUUGGGGGAAGUGCAGGAGCUGGCUCCACAUCACGUCUCUUCCUCUCGCCGGUGACCAAGGGGCUCUUCAGCGAAGUGAUUAUGGAGAGCGGGGUGGCAACAGCCCCUUGGGCGCUGACGGACAUGCCGCGCGAGAGGGCUUACCGCAUGGGAGAGGCGCUCGGCUUCCAGACGCAGGGCGAUAACCACACUGACGACGACGACGCGCGACUGUCUGCCUUCCUUCGCGCCGCCAAUGCCUCCGACCUAGCCAGGGAUGACACUAUCGCCCUCACGGAAUUCGAGAAGCGCUGUCCCCUGCCACUGGCUUUCCUGCCCGUCGUGGAGCCGCCCUCGGACUCUGCGGUUAUCGUCGAGCCUCCAGCGGACAGGCUGAGAGCCGGCAGCUACAACCGAGUACCCAUCAUGCUGGGCGUCACCUCCGGAGAAGGAUUAGUCAUACUUGGAAGUACGUAA